AUGGAAUCAAAUUAUCCAUAUCAUGAUUCCUUUUCACAUUUGGAAUUGGAACAGCACCCACUUUUUGAUGAAAACUCUAUCAAUUCAAAUUCACAAAUGAAAUUGGAAAUGGAUCUUAUGGAACACAUUGGUCAACAUUCAUUAGACACAGCUGUGGAGUCUCCAUCUUUAUCAAAUUGUCAAGAACCAUUGGAUUCAUAUGAUAGCAAUCUAAAAAGGAAAGUCAUUAAAUGUAGACCGCAAUUUCUCACACCAAUCAAAAAGAAAAUGCGAGUGGAGGGUCUAACAUCUAUUGAAGGACACGUUAACACUUGGCAUGUGGGGACUGUCUUGAGUAUUGAUGAACAAUCAAAAACCGCAGAUAUCCAAUACGAAGAUGGCAAUGAAAUCGAAACGUUGGAAUUCGAUAAGCUCAAGCCCUACUACAAAGAAAAAAGAACGAUUGAAGAUUUGGAAAAGAAUAGUUUGAUUAUCUUCAAACUUGGAACCAACUACUUCAAUGGUCGAGCUUGUUUUUAUGUCAAACCAAAGCAUUGUAAAUAUUAUUACACAUUUGGUAAUACAAACCAGAAAAUUUAA